AUGAACGUCAUAUCUGUCUGGUUGCGCCCAUUCUAUGAGAGAAUCACCAAGAUACUUGGAAUUCCUGACAAGAUCGAUAAAAUCGAGGAGAAAAUUCGAUUGAUCAUCAGUUUUAGCAUUGAUGAAAUGUCACCGAUUGAAUAUGCCAAAAAUGUCAACGUACCGACGUUUAUCGCCCAGGUUCCUGAUGAGGCUCUGACGAAGCCGAGAGAUGUGCAGCAAAUCUUCGACAAUAUCCCUGUUGCGGACAAGAAGUUCUUUUGGAUAGAGGGCACUACGCGCCGGUGGGAUGGUUAUACCUACUUCCUAAGGCAUCCGAAGCAGAUGAUUGAGUGGCUCGACAAGCAAAUGAAGUAG